CCUCCCUGACCUCCCCCCACCCCUCUCCGAGCGCAGCCGAACCAACCGCCAGCCUGCCUCGCGGAGAGGAAGUUCGCCCGUCGAUAUGCAUGGCGAGCGCGCUCGCUGCAUCGGUGAUGAUUGUCCAUAUGGCGUUACAGAUGAGAGCGAGGAGGAGGACAUACGCGUCCUUCUUGAUCACAUCCGUGGGUUCUACAAGGUGGCGCUCGAUUGGCUGCCGGAAGAGAGCAUCCCCUCGCUGGCACCGAGUCUUCUCAAGGCCGGCAUGUGCUUCGGCGUUCUCGACCCAGUAUCCAACAUCAUCGCCAACACCAUAGCCUACUACUCCGCUCCACCCAAGACGCCCAGGGGACCCGAGGAGGAGGAGAAGAACGACGGCGAUGACGACGACGAAACGAGGUGCUCCAUCCUCUGCAAGAUCAAAGCCGACCCCCACGACAGACGCAUCUACAACAUGUUUCUGUCCCCAAAGGAGAUGAAUGGUAUGACCAUUGCGCGGAGGUCGCUGCAAGGUCUCGUCAGCUUCCUCACAUUCUACUUCCGCUACUUCUCCUACACGGAAGCCAUUCGCUACCUGCGCCUGGCCGGGGCUGACCUCCUCAUCGCCAUGAGGCUCAUCAAGCUAGAUCAUUGCAAGACCCUCGAUUUCAACUUCACCUCCCCCACCGCAAGGAUAGCCCUCUUCUGUGCCGCCAUGUCCGCUGCGCACCCAAGGCCGGCCGUCCUGCUAAGAGCGGCCAUGUCGCUGGGUUCUCGGAUGGUUAUGGUCAACAACUUACUAUUGUCCGGAGACCGCGACCUCACACCUAAAUCCAUCAAGCACCUCACCAAGUGGCUCCGCCAAGAUGCCAAGACUCUCAAAGACAAACUCAAAUGGCUUCCGAUGAGUCUUGCUGAAUCGCGUCACCAGGAUAGACAAGAGAAUAAGAAGAGAAAGAGGAACGUGCCCACACCACCCGUACACAAGCAGGUGGGGACUUUCGCAUACACGCAGUCCCUCAAGCUCUUGCUUCUCGGCAAGAUCCAUGCUCUCUACCUAGAAGCACUCGCCCUCAUGCCCCGGGAUGCCUUGCUCAAGCGUCACCACUGCAACCUCAUCAAGGGUGGCUACUGCUACGGGCCCAUGGACCCCGUCUCCAACAUCAUCCUCAACACUAUCUGGUACGGCGCUACAUUUCCGAUGCCCCAACAAUUCGACUUCAACUUCGAUGCCAACAUGAUAUGCACCAGAUCCCUUGAUCGUCUUGAGUGCUGCUCCCUCUACGGCCUCGUUGCCUUCCUCCGCACCCGCUUCCCCACCCUCACAGAGACUGAUUCUCUCUUGUAUCUUCUUAAAACCAAUGCCGACAUUGGGAAAUCUGUCCAACACAUAGAACAAGAUGGCCAUGCUCUUUCUGUCUCUUACCUCGAUGGCCUCAAGGUAGCGGCGGUUCACUCAUGGCAUCCUGACCCUGACGCACUCCUCUCCUCCGUGGGUCUGCAUUCCACUGAUUUCUCUUUUAUGCGGGAUUCCACAAUUAGAUAUUCCAGACUUGAGCGCCUUGUUACUUCUCUGCUACCCAAGUCUCCUCCUGCCAACUCAGAGGAGUAUGCUCAGCAACUGAGCAAGGCAUCCUCAAGCUCAGUGAUCUUAAAUGAAAACCAGAAAAUGUUGAUUCCGGCGGCUAAACAAAAAUUUAAGGCUGAUCAAGGAUUCUUUGUCAAAAAGGUCAAUGCUGCAUUGAAGAAAUUUUCUCAGCAAAAAGGGGUGGACUAUGAACUUCAUAUUAUUUGCGGUGUCAAUAUUGAGGUUACUGAACGAUCAAGUGUUGAUCUGUUCAAGAGGAACUUCAAAUAUGAGUACUUCCAUAUCAACUUUUUGGCAACCGCCAAGGGAUCAAAUGAUGCUAGCGCAUCUCCAGAACUGUUCUUCGCCGAAUGCAGCAAUAGUGAUAAAGAUGAAGAGAAAAGGCCAUCCGUGUGUUUCCCUGUCAAAUGUUCCUGGGUAGAUGAUGCUCGCUGCUUUUGCUGUGAGAUGAAUGGAAUAAAGAUCGUGCACCCAUACCUUGAAAAAUAUCACGGGCUUUAUGAUUUCAAAAAAAUCGCUUCUAGAGAACAUGGUGUCCUGAAUGACCACAUCAUUAGUGCAUAUGAUUUGCAUGCUGACCGGAUGUGUACAAUCCAAGAUGACUGGAUCUACUUCAAUCCUGAGAUGGAUGCACUGAUUGCUGAGAAGAAUCCUAUUAAAGAUUGGGCUAGAAAGAUUCGGGAAUGGGGUAGAGUCUUUUGAUUUGAUAAUGUAAAGCAGCGAUGACGUUAAAUUCUAGAUGCUUUGUUGACAGCUGAGGCACUCUGUAAUAUAUGCUAUAGAACUUGUUUGUUGACAGCUGAAGUACUCUUAUGUUAUAGAAUUCUGGAUGGUUUGUUAUCAUUUGAGAUAUUAAGAUGGUUUGUUAUUA